CACACGCUCCCGGAAGUAGGAGGCGUCCGGCGGAGUUUGUGUGGCGGCCGCCGCGGGAACGUGAAGCGCGGUAGUUUUUCAAGGGAGAGAGCGAGGCGGCUUCCCGCGGGUCUCGGUGGACCGACAGUGAGCGUCCGCGGCCGUCUCGCGGCCCGCGAGAGGCGGCAUGGAGGACGAGCGGGGCCGGGAGCGUGGCGGCGACGCGGCGCAGCAGAAGACGCCGCGGCCGGAGUGUGAGGAGUCCCGGCCGCUGAGCGUGGAGAAAAAGCAGCGAUGCAGACUUGAUGGCAAAGAGACAGAUGGAUCGAAGUUCAUUUCCUCCAAUGGCAGUGACUUCAGUGACCCGGUUUACAAAGAGAUCGCAAUGACAAACGGUUGUAUCAACCGGAUGAGUAAGGAGGAACUCAGAGCUAAACUUUCAGAAUUUAAGCUUGAAACAAGAGGAGUCAAGGAUGUUCUAAAGAAGAGACUGAAAAACUAUUACAAGAAGCAGAAGUUGAUGCUGAAAGAGAGCUCCGCUGGGGACAGUUACUAUGACUACAUUUGUAUCAUUGACUUUGAGGCUACUUGUGAAGAGGGGAACCCAGCUGAGUUCCUACAUGAAAUCAUUGAGUUUCCUGUUGUCCUGUUGAAUACACACACCUUAGAAAUCGAAGAUACGUUUCAGCAGUAUGUGAGGCCAGAAGUCAAUGAUCAGCUUUCAGAGUUCUGCAUCGGUCUUACUGGAAUCACUCAGGAUCAGGUAGACAGAGCCGAUGCUUUCCCUCAGGUCCUGAAAAAAGUGAUUGAGUGGAUGAAGUCAAAGGAGUUGGGAACUAAGUACAAGUACUGUAUACUAACAGAUGGCUCCUGGGAUAUGAGUAAGUUCCUGAGCAUCCAGUGCCGGCUCAGCAGACUCAAACACCCGGCCUUCGCUAAGAAGUGGAUCAAUAUCCGGAAGUCAUACGGAAACUUCUAUAAGGUUCCCAGAAGCCAGACCAAACUAACAAUAAUGCUUGAAAAAUUAGGAAUGGAUUAUGAUGGACGGCCUCACAGCGGUCUCGAUGACUCUAAGAACAUUGCUAGAAUAGCUAUUCGGAUGCUUCAGGAUGGAUGUGAACUUCGAAUCAAUGAAAAAAUACUUGGAGGGCAGUUGAUGAGUGUGUCCUCAUCCUUACCAGUAGAGGGCGCUCCAGCUCCACAGAUGCCACAUAGUAGAAAGUAACUGCAGUUUUGUCUGAUCAGUUGCUACAAAAGUAGCAGGCGAAUGAAUCUGAGUUAAUGCAACCUUCAAGCACCUUAAACAUUUAAGAUCUUAUUACAAUUACAGAUAGAUGGGUAUGUAUGCAGACAUUUUGUGGGAGGACACACCAAAUUCUUUGUCACCAGCACUUUUGAUCUGAGCAGUAUUUGUUACACACAGUAACCAGUCUCUGCUCAGAACUGAAUUUUAUAAUGUAAGGUGUCCAAGAUGUGUCCCUUGGCUUUUAAGAUGGAAGUUUUAUCAGAAAAUUCUUUACAUGUCAUGUUCUUAUUGAUACUGGAAUUUAAAAUGAAUUUCUACAUUACCACCAUGAAAUUAAAUACAUUUUUUGAAAAUGUGGAAAGGAUUGAAAGGUAGUGUUUGCCCAUUGAGUUUUAAGUAAAACGUGGUUCUUUUAACUUUGUAAGUUUGUAGGUGAAGUGAGGGCUUUGUCCCAAGAAGGCUGUGUGGGUACCAGAUUCUGCAAGUGUUGAAGUUCUAUAGUUCAAGUGGCAUAAUGUUUCUAUAUAACCUACACGUUCUCCCACAUAUUUUAAUCAUCUCUGGGUAGCUUAUACUUAAUAAACUAUAAAGAAAUGGUUGUAUCAUUUAGGGAAUAAUGACAAGGAAAAAAAAAAGCCUGCAAGUUGAUGUAGACACAACCAUAGUGGGCCUUGCUACAUAGCUCAUGAGCUAAAAAAAAACCAAGAUCUGAGAUGGUGGAGGCAACUUCAGCUGUCCCCUGCGUCACUCUCUGGCCAGCAGCUGUCCCCCCCUGCGUCACUCACUCUGGUCCACUCAGCAAAGUGCUUGCUGAGCAGCAAAUUCAGGUGUUUCUUCUUGGAACAUUUUCGGCAUAUCUGUGUAUAGCCUAUAUUCAAGCCAGGAAGUUGUUUCUAAAGGUGUCUACUUUGACAGCCCUGAACACACAUGACCCCCAGAACACACGUGAUAGACUAAGAGAAUCAACUCAGCUCAAGGAUGAUAAAGUACUGGGACCAGUUUCAUAUUAUAACUGGAAACCUUGUAAUAGGUCAUAGAAUUUAGUUAAAAAUCUAGUUACUGGAGGCUAGCAAGAUGGCUCAGUGGUUAAAAGUACUUGCUUCUCUUGUAGAAGAUCCAAGUUCAAUUCCCAGAACCCACAUGGUGGCUCACAACCAUCUGUAAGUUUCAAAGAAUCCAACAGGCAAAACAUUCAUAAACAUAAAAUAACUAAAUUUAGAAUACUGGGCUGGAGAGAUGCCUCAGAAGUUAAGAGUGCUGGCUGCUCUUUGAGAGGCCCUGAAGUUCAAUUCCCAGCACCCACAUAGUGGCUCCCAACCCCCUACAAUGAGACUGCUGUCCUCUUCUGGCAUGCAGGCAGAAUGUUGUAUAUAUAAUAUAUACAUCCUUUUUAAAAGUCUAAUUACUGGUGAGACUAAUGGAAAGUUAGAAAAGGCAGCCUGGUAGCACAGAUGUGUAAUUUCAGUCCUCAAGAGUUAAGGCAUAGGUGAAUCUGAAGCCACUCUGAGCCAUAUAAUGAGCUCCUGAUUCCAAAAUGUGUCAGUAGAAAAUACAAGUGAACUUGUGAGAGCUAUAACUUACAAAUCAAUGGGAAAAUCUGAAGAUUUGCUCCUUGCCUUCCCUCACCAUUGUGAAUGUAUAUUCGCCCUGCUUUUGAGCUCAUGGUAAACAUUUGUAUUCAGUACUGUGAGGUGAAAUGUUUUGUUCCAUAGUAAAAAGUACCUGGCUUGUCUUGGUGAGUGACCAGUAUAUAUUGGAAAGUAAUUCCUGCUUCUAAAGUCAAGAUGUGCUCUGGAGAUGAUGAUGUCAUACUGUCUGGAGGCUAACAGUGGGAGCUUUUGGAAUUAAACCCCUCUAAUGCUUUCCUGGACCCAUCUCAUUGGCAUUGCCUGUUGUUUUGUUUUUUCAACUUUCCUUAAUGAUUGUGAUCAUAUUAUGUCCAUCACCACUAUAAUCAAGUAGAUUGAUCAUGUUUCCUAACUCGGACAUAGGAGGAACGACAGCGAUGCGCUUGGGACCAUGAGAAUUUGCUACCCAGGCUUGCGGUUUCAUUCCCCAGUGAGCUCUGUCUUGAAGCAAAGGGACAGGAAAUGGUCAUUGUGAGGGACAGAAGCCAGCAGGCUCUCUGGACUGACUUACUCUUCAUUUUCUCACAUAAGCCAUGGUGACACAGGCAGGUUCAUGCCCUAGAAAAAUAAUUGCUUGUCACCUGAUUGCAUAGUUGCUACUGAAUAGGGAAACUACCAUUGGGAAGUUAGAGAAUAGCAGGACAUACUAAUGCCUUCCUCUUUGUUUUGUUUUUAAAUCAGGCUGUUUAAAUUUUUUCCUAAUCAAGUGCUUAACAUUUUUUUUUUAAAGAACUUAACACUGCAAGCUUUUAAAAUGCUUUUGGCUCUACUAAGUAUUUCGCCAUCUUCACUCACUCUGAGUCUCUGUCAAACCAUUUGAUUUGGCUUUCUGCUGAUAUAACCUGUCUGUAAGUUAUAGAGUGAGUCAUAAUUCUUGAAAGGAAACUACUGCAGCCUGCCUGCCUACGUUGUGUGUAAAGAUACUGGUUCUUGUUACUGCUGGGAUGGCUUACACUGGUGCUAGUGUUUGCUGAUACUUACUUAAAGCUUUAUUUUCUCAGUCGCCAUGGUCAUCUCCUUGUUUUCCUUUUACUUGCUUGGACAUUGAGACUGAUUUUUCCCCCUGUAUUAUUUUCAAAUCCACACAAACUGGUAUAUAUUCUCAGCUACAUUUUGUCUGAUUUUGUAUUAAAUACUGACAUUGACUCUGGAAAUUUUUCUUUCUCUCCACUUCUCCCUCUGACUGGGUCAAGCAAAAGCAGGAAGAAGAGGUUUUCUUUUUUUUCAGCAUGUGUUUCUGCGUGUAUGUGUGCCUGGGAGAGUUUAUGUGCACCAUGUACCCUUAGAUUCCUGUGGACGCCUCAGAACUGGAGUUGCAGGUGGCCAUGAGCACCUAAUGUGGGUGCUGGGAUCCUGAGUCAAUGCCUCUGCAAGAGCCGUCGCACUCAACUCUGGGGCCAUCUCUCCAGCCUCAAGGCCCUUUCUUGUAGCCUUUAGAGACCUGCUUGUCCUGCUGUAGGGAUAGGUUUUCUCAGCUGGGUUAACAGGAAAGACCAUGGGAGUCAUGCUAAACUGGUCCUAUUGCUGACGAGUCAUUUAUUAAAUGGUGAUUUGAUUACUUGAAAGGUGAAAGAACUUUUAGUUCAUCGUCCCAGAUAUUAAAGCACUAUUGCGAAGGAUAAGGAAGAAGGGGUGGGUAGUAAGAUUUCUGGGGAAGGAGGGAUCACAAGUGAUCAAUACAAGGAGCACCAGUCAAGUCACCCACCUCGAGUGAGCCAUGUCCUUUGUGAAGUCUGUGAGUAUGUGUCCUGUUGCAAGGAAGACUUUGAGCUGCUGGAGGAGACUGACUUCCUUAGUGAUGAGCUGUGAACUCCUCCUUUAUUCCAGCGGGGCCUGUUGAGAUGCUUUCCGUGUGUAAUGAUUGCAGUGUUGGUAAAUGAGUAGUCCCACUAAGUAUCGUCCUUAGUGUUGACCCUCAUUUCAGCUCUUCCUGCCCCCACACAGCAUCAAUGCACACACUGUAGCCACGAACCAAAUCUGAUAGCCAAGUGGCAAGUUAAAAUCAAGAGUGCUUGUAUGUAUGCAUGUGUGUAUGUAUGUAUAUAUGUAUGUAUGUUUUUGACAGGGUAUGUCUGUGUAGUCUAAUCAGGUUUCAAAUUCUUCGGUACUGGAAUUACAGGUAAGUGCUACCUACCAUGCCAAUGAUGUGACUUGUAGCAUAGGAAUUUUAUGAAAUAAAAUUUUGAUGUUGUAAAUAAAGCUUUGUGGAAUAGC